AACAAAAUUAGAGCACUGGCAACCCCCUUACUCGAGCGCCUACUCGAGUAGAGCGUUGCACUCGAGUAGGGCGUCGCAGGGGGGUUUACUCGAAUGCUACUCGAGUCUUCGAGUAUGCACGAGUAAUUUUCUUUUUUCUUUUUACUUUUUUUUUAAAUUCUCUUCUCCUCUUUAAAAAUAUCUCUCUCCUAUUUAAAAACUAAAAAAAUCAAAUAGGCUAUCAAGUAACCCCAAUGCAGCACUACUUACUCAAUAACACAAUCCACUAUCAAGUAGACUAUCAAGUAAGCCCAUUCCGGAUGCUCUUAUAACCCCAAACCCAUAUCUAUACACUAUAACAAAAUUGUGUGUGUGUACACUAUAUAGUUUGUAUAUAUAUAUAUAGAGAGGAGGGAGAGACUAAGAGAGAGCGCGCGAAAGAGAAAUAGAGGAAGGGGAGGCUUGAAAUUCUAUUCCCUUAGGGAGUUGAGAGUACUCUAAGUUGGAAAGGUUGUACACAGAAAAAAAUGACGGUGGCGGCGAAGGCGGUGGUUGAAUUGGGGCCUCACCCUGUCAAAGAGCAGCUCCCCGGCGUUGAUUAUUGUGUCAACAGCAACCCUUCAUGGGCUGAAGCUAUGAUUCUGGGAUUUCAGCACUACUUGGUAAUGCUUGGAACUACUGUGAUAAUUCCUACCAUUCUUGUUCCUUACAUGGGUGGUGGCAAUGUGGAGAAGGCUCAACUGAUGCAAACUCUGUUGUUUGUAUCUGGAAUUAACACACUGCUGCAAACAUGGUUUGGAACCCGGAUGCCAGUCGUGAUAGGCGGUUCGCUUAGAUUCCUAAUUCCAUCUCUUUAUGUUACCUUCGCCCAAAGAUAUCUCAUCUAUUUCAAUCCUAGAGUGAGGUUUCUAAGAACAAUGAGGGGAAUACAAGGUGCUCUCAUGGUCGCUUCAGUACUUCCGAUGCUCCUUGGUUUUCUUGGGAUUUGGAGAAUUGUUGUGAGGUCCCUGAGCCCUCUUGCUGCUGUGCCUUUGAUAGCUCUUGUUGGAUUCGGUCUCUAUGAACAAGGUUUCCCGCUGCUCGCAGAAUGUGUGGAAAUUGGGCUUCCAGAGCUAAUUAUUCUUGUUUUGUUCUCUCAUUACAUCCCUAGUUUCUGGAGCUCCAAACGUCCUAUUUAUGAUCGUUUUGCGGUUCUAUUGUCUGUUGGGGUGGUGUGGGCUUAUGCAGCCCUUUUGACAGCAGCUGGUGCAUACAGGAAUAGGCCCUUAAACACCCAGUUAAGUUGCCGUGUCGACCGGUCUGGAUUUGUAAGUGGAUCAUCAUGGAUUAGCUUUCCAUAUCCAAUUCAAUGGGGUCAACCCACUCUAAAUGUUGGAGAAGUUUUUGUAAUGCUAGCAGCAGCUUUUGUUGCUAUGAUUGAGUCAACAGGGGCAUUUAUCGCAGCAUCUAGAUACGGGAGUGCUACGCAUAUCCCAUCUUCUGUUAUUAGCCGAGGAAUCGGCUGGCUGGGAUUUGGCAUUUUCCUGGACGGUUUAUUUGGCACAGGAAUUGGAUCUACUGUGUCAGUUGAAAAUGUAGGACUAUUGGGUCUGACACGAGUUGGAAGCCGAAGGGUGGUUCAGAUAUCAGCGGGGUUCAUGCUCUUCUUUUCAGUUCUAGGAAAGUUUGGAGCCAUUCUUGCUUCCAUUCCCCUACCGAUUGUGGGAGCUCUGUAUUGCGUCCUGUUCGCUCUCAUGUCUUCUGCUGGUCUGGGCUUACUGCAAUAUUGCAACCUCAACAGCUUCAGAACAAAGUUCAUUUUAGGAUUUUCUUUCUUCAUGGGGCUUUCGGUGCCACGAUAUUUCAGUGACUAUGUGUUAACUUCUGGGCGCGGUCCGGUUCACACUCAUUCCAUGUGGUUCAACAAAAUGGUUCUUGUCUUCUUCACAUCCCCAGCCGCUGUGGCAGGAGUCAUUGCCAUGUUUCUCGACCUGACUCUUGCGCGCAAACAUGCCAACACACGACGAGACAGUGGCAGGCACUGGUGGGCUAAGUUCAAGUAUUUUGACAAAGAUCCCAGGAGUGAAGAGUUCUACUCUCUUCCAUAUGGACUUUCCAAGUAUUUCCCUUCCUACUAACACCCACUCAUUCAUCCUAAGUUAAGAAUGUCAUUUCUAUUGAGAUGCAUAAGAUCUUUGCUUCAAGGAAUACAUAUCAUGGGAAGAAAUAGGCUUUGUUAAAUUCAACCAAUUAGCCAUAGAUAUGUUUAUAUCCAUGUGAACAUCUUGCUCAUGAUUUUCUAUGGUUAAACCAUCUUCCCAUUUGCCCCAUAUGUGUAGCACUUAGGAGUUAGAUUAGCUGCCUCCUCUAAUGUAUAAUUAGUCGAUCAUACCACUUCUUUUUCAUGAGAUACCUACUAAUUGAUACAAGUGUGUGUUGUUUGUAUAAACUUACACAUGUAAUCUUUUAUUAUUUUGGAUUGUCUAUCUAUGUUUAAGUGUAUUUUUGUGA